AUGGCGCUGAGCGCCUGCACGUUGCUUGGCAACCCCAAUUUCGGGCAGCCCGACGCCACCCCAACCGCGGCGACCGAUUCCGGGUCAACCACCUCCGGGACGGAUCAAUCUGCCGGCGAUUCUGGCCUCCUUCCGACUCAACCAGCCACGCAGCCGGGCAACAAUACGACCCAGUCGGGCGCGUCCACGCCGCAAGUGCAGGUGUCCGGGGGUCGGUCCGUAAAGCAGUGGAGCGUGCCGCCAACGCAGGUCAUCGACUCUGCCGCUCCCUAUACUGCCGUCAUCAACACGUCUGCGGGUUCUAUCACCGUGGAAUUACUAACCCGGGAAGCUCCCAAAACCGUGAACAACUUCGUGUUCCUGGCUCGGGAAGGCUUCUAUGACAACGUAAUAUUUCACCGCGUUAUCGACGGAUUUAUGAUCCAGGGCGGAGACCCAUCGGGAACGGGCUCCGGAGGGCCUGGCUAUCAGUUUGCCGAUGAACCGGUUAGCCGGCCAUAUACUCGGGGCACUAUGGCGAUGGCCAACGCCGGCCCAAAUACGAAUGGCAGCCAGUUUUUCCUGAUGCACGCUGACUACGGUCUACCACCCAACUACACCAUCUUUGGCCAGGCCAUUGCCGGUCUGGAAACCAUUGACGCAAUCGCCACUGCGGAGACACGCCCCAACGCAGAAGGUUCCUCCCCGGUAUCCCCGGUGGUGAUUAAUUCGGUGGAGAUAAUCGGCCAGUAG